CAGCAACCCCUCCGUCUCUCUCUCUCUCUCUUUCUCUCUCUCUCGUCCAGAAAGCUGCAAUCUUUCUCUGCUUUACUGUUGAACCCUGAACCGAAGCCAUCCGAUUGAACUCAUCUCAAGUUGCGUCUCGACUUCAGUCUAAGAAGGCGCCUUCUUUUCGAGAACAGAUCAUCACAUGGCUGUCGCCGGACAAACUGUUUCAGAGGCCACCUCGAGCUUGGGAUGCGACAGAGAUGCCCCCUCCAAGCAGAAGCUGAAUCUUCUCUCCGAGAAUAGGACUGUGGAUGAUGAUGCCGAUGUUGAUGGGUGCUUCGACUGCAACAUAUGUUUCGAGUCGGCAAGCGAUCCCGUGGUCACCCUUUGCGGCCACCUAUACUGUUGGCCAUGCCUUUAUAGGUGGAUUGAUGCGGGAAGCUCGUCCGGUAAGCCGGGUCAGCGGCAUCAGACAUGCCCAAUUUGCAAGGCCGGCAUCUCACCCUCCACAUUGAUACCACUAUACGGCCGGGGAUCAUCAUCUUCUUCUUCCGAAUGCGACUCCAAGAAACCUGAUUCAGACAUUGCCAUACCUCGUAGGCCGUCUCCAGGUGCACUGAGUCUGAACCCUAGCAACGCUUAUUCUCCAAGCCGACAACAAGGUUACUCGAACCCUUCCCUUUCGCGUUCACAGUUAUCUCAGGAGCAGCUGAUAGCUGGUCUCAGCUCGAACGCUGGCAUGUUUGGCGAGAUGGUCUAUGCUCGGAUGUUUCGAUCCUCCGACAUGAGUCUCAGCAAUUAUCCUCCGGCAUACUCCUAUCCUGGAGUUGCGAACAGCGGUCGUAGAGUGAGAAGGCAAGAAAUGAAGCUGGAUCGGUCCUUCAACCGAUUGACGGUCUUUCUUUUCUGUUGUAUGGUGCUCUGUCUCCUUCUGUUGUAAUUAGUUUCAAAAUCGUAUUGUUUUGAAGCUACUGACUUUUUGUUAGAUGUAAAGUAGUUCUAGUGUGAAGGGCCAGAAGGGUAUAUAUGUAGGCAGACGACGUUUGAUUUGGACAAAUUGUUGCAGCUCAAGUGAUGAGCAUUAGCAUGAUGUUGCCCUUUCAAUCUUAAUCAGUUUCAUCUCAUCUGAAUAUCUCUAUCCUGGUUAUUGUGGAAGGGGAAAAACAA